UGCAGAUUACAGGAAGUAACGCAGCAGCAGAGGAGCGCAGGUUACCACCUUUCCGAGCUGCCAGGCUUUUCCUGAGCAAGAAGAGCAAGAUAACAACAGCACCUACAAUCAAUCAGCAAGUUCCCCCUGAAGACUGACUCGGGCUAGAUGGCGGCGACGACUCCAUAAGCAACUUGUUUUACCCAAAAAAUGUUGGCAGAGAAAUCGCUAGCAGCAGCGUCUGUUCCACAACAACGUCGCUGACGAUUAGUAGAACAACGGCAAGCUAAGUAGUAUGCUGGACGUGGGGAAGUGGCCAGUGUUUGCGCUCCUGCCUCCUGAGGAACUACGGCUUAUCCGCCAGGCUUGUGUCUUUGGCAGUGCUGCAAACGAAGCCCUCUAUGUCACAGUUAACGAUGAGGUCUUUGCUCUGGGCACCAACUGCAGCGGCUGCUUAGGGCUCGGAGAUCUUCAAAGCACUAUCGAGCCCCGCAGGAUUGAUGUGCUGUGUGGAAAGAAGAUUGUAUCCCUCAGCUAUGGAACAGGACCACAUGUGGUUAUCGCCACUGCAGAUGGUGAGGUGUUUGCUUGGGGCCACAAUGGCUACAGCCAACUGGGUAACGGGACCACCAACCAUGGACUGACCCCUGCCCUGGUCUCCACCAACCUCCUCAGCAAGAGAGUGACGGAGGUGGCCUGUGGCUCCCACCACACUAUUGCUCUCACAACUGAUGGAGAGGUGUAUGCAUGGGGUUACAACAAUUCAGGCCAAGUAGGUUCAGGGUCUACUGCCAACCAGCCCACACCACGGCGGGUCAGCAGCUGUCUACAGAACAAAGUGGUGGUUAACAUAGCCUGCGGUCAGCUCUGCUCUAUGGCCGUAUUGGACAAUGGAGAGAUCUAUGGUUGGGGUUACAACUGCAAUGGGCAGCUAGGUUUGGGCAACAACGGCAAUCAGCAAACUCCGUGCAGAAUCGCUGCUCUCCAAGGCGUCAACAUCGUCCAGGUGAGAGCCUUGUGGGAGAUAAAUCUUCAAAAGCUAUGCUGCCGUGCAUGUGAAGAAUACUCAUUUUCUUUCUUGAAUAUGCAGGUUGCCUGUGGAUAUGCACAUACACUGGCACUUACAGAUGAGGGGUUUGUUUACGCUUGGGGCGCCAACUCAUACGGGCAGUUGGGAACCGGCAACAAGAGUAACCAAGCUCUUCCCACCCUAAUAAACACAGACAAGGAGAGGAUGGUGGAGGUUGCUGCCUGUCACACCAGCCACACAUCUGCUGCCAAGACACAGAGUGGCCAGGUUUUGAUGUGGGGUCAGUGUCGAGGCCAGGCGGUAGCCAGCCCUCACCUCACCCAUUUUAGCAGCACAGAUGAUGUGUUUGCCUGCUUCGCCACGCCAGCAGUCACAUGGCACCUCCUUACAGUGGAUGGAGAUGACUACCUGACUGUGGCCCAGUCACUGAAGAGAGAGUUUGACAGUCCGGAGAUUUCAGACCUGAAGUUCUUGGUCGACGGCAAAUGCAUUCAUGUUCACAAAGCCCUGCUCAAAAUCAGGUGUGAGCAUUUCCGUGCGCUGCUGAACGAAACGGAUGAGGAGUCCAUAGAAAUCCACCAGUUCUCAUAUCUCGUGUACCGAGCCUUCCUGGAAUACCUGUACACAGACACCAUUAACCUGCCACCAGAGGAUGCUAUUGGGUUGCUAGACUUGGCUACAUACUACAGAGAGACGAGGCUGAAGAGGCUGUGCCAGGAAACGAUCAAGAGAGGCAUCUCCGAGGAGAACGCCAUUACUUUGCUUUCUGCUGCUGUCAAGUAUGAGGCGCGGGACCUGGAGGAGUUCUGCUUCAAAUUUUGUGUCAACCACCUAACAGCUGUCACGCAGACCCAGGCCUUUGCAGACAUGGACCAUGACCUGCUGAAGAACUUCAUUAACAAAGCUAGCCGCUACGGGGCCUUCAAAAAUUGACUGCAGUGCAGCAGUAGCAAUGAGUUCUCGCCGUAAGGGUAUGGGAGCGUCUGACGCUUUAAGGGCCCACAGAGGUCCCAGCAGUCAACCCAAGACCAAAGUAAACACCAAGCCUUGUUGCUGGGGGUGUAAACACAAGAGACACGGUAUGAAUUAAGGUUUCACCUUCCACUGAUUUUCAAGUGUUACUUUGCCCUGAAUCUAGCCCAAACAAAGUGAUUGGUUAGGGCAGAAAUAAUGGGGAUGCAUGACCAGGCACAAGUGCAGAACACAAAGAGACCAAAUAGGAAGGCAACACAUGCCACAGCUGUAGUCUUUCUAUCAUUACAGUCUAUAUAACUGACAAAAUGUGUGGCUUAUUCAGUGUCUGAUUUGUUUCCAGAAUGGGUUUCAUUAAGCUUACGUAAUCAUAACAUGACGACUGUCGGGGUGCAGGGCUUAUCUCACACGAACGGGACAGGUUCUGGGUGACAGGAUGCCUGAAAAUGCUGCACAAUCAGUUUAAUCAGUCGCAACCUAAAGGUGUGGAUGUUGAGGUAGAAGUGAUUUGUAUCACACUGCCCUAUUUGUGUAAGGUAGAACUUGAUGGAUGUGUAUUGUGCUGUCAUAUAAUGUGACUGACUAGUUAGCUGGAGAGAGUGAUUAGUGACAAAUAGGCAAGCCAUGAGUUGACCCUUCACUUGAUGCUGCUUUUCAUUGACGCCUUUAAUGUCAGAUUUUCUAGACUGAGAAUUAGUAUUUAAAAAGCAAAGAAUGCAAGCUGUUUAGUUGCUUUAGAAAGCUGCAACAUAAUGUACUUAUGUUUUACUUAUUUUUAUUGAACAGUUAAAUGUUUCACCUGACCAAUCAUGCUGUCUUGUUUUUUAUUGCUACGUGUUAAGUGUUAGUGUUUUCCACUUUAUUUUGUAGUGUUUUUUUUUUUUUUUUUUUUUGCCUUGCCAUCCCGUCUUGGGGAUACUGGGUGAUUUUUGUAUUGACUAACAUUUGCACUGUUUGACAGAAGGCUGUGUUUUUAGCCACAGUCAGCAGGCUGAUAGGAGAAGGUGCAGCCGGUCUUCAACCAUACUUAAGGAGAGAUAAGGACGUCCUGCUGCAUGUUUACCUGUGUUUUCUUAUUAACCCUCUGUGCAGCUGGAAAAGAUGUCUGUCUUGUUUAUAAUGGGAAGAUUACACAAGCGCAUUGUCCUGAUUAUAUAUCCUGCCUGUAAUGUUACACUCUAGAACAAAUGCAACUGAUUUUGCAGUUGUUUCCUUGCAAAUUGACUGUUUACAGUUUUUUUUUUUCUGCGAUAGUAAUAAAACCCUUUUUUUUUUUUUUUUUUUUUUUUUUGGUAAAUGUACAACUGUAUAGCUCCCCUUUUAGCACCCUGUGGUAAUUAGUGCACAUAUUUAUCCUGUAUAAUUGCCAAGUGAAUUUGUUCAAUAUUGCCCAAUGUUCAUAAGGGACCACCAGGUCUAAUGCUGUUAGAACAAGAUUUCACCUGUAUCCCACUAAUAGAACGUAACAAAAAUGCUUUUACUUUAACAAGCCAAUUGUAUUAUUGUUUUGUGUACGUUUUUGCUAAUUAUUAAAAGUUGCCUCUGUUCUCAG